AUGCACGGAUCCUGGACUCCCCCACCGACCGUCCACAGAACCGUUCUGGCCCCAUUCCUCUUCUCCAUAUACACCUCGGACUAUAAACACAACUCUGCUAACUGCCCCCUGGAAAAGCUCUCUGAUGAUUCUGCAAUUGUCGGCCUCAUUUCCGCCGUCUGCGGCAUCACGCCCAGGUGUAGCCCCGGAUCCACCCACAAGGCAAACUCCUGUCGGGGCAGAACACUGCAGGCUGUCAGUCGGCAGCAGAGCAGCGCGGAGGGAUCACUUGACAAGACCCAAGAAUUCCAAAGAAACAGGGAGGACUUAUCCUGCUACCAACUACGGCAGCUGAUAGAAGACAACGUUCACGUCCUACAAUCCCCCUUCACUGAGGAGCAACAGAAUCAGGGUUCUGUGUGCGAGGAGAACACAGGUAGAAGAGGACUGCGGAGGUUUGCCGUUGUGAGCGAGGAGCUGACCUUUCGCCUCCAGCAGCUGCAGAGACGGACAGAGCAGGAGCUCAGCAGCAUCCACGCACAACUCUUGGAGAUUGAAGGCCGCCGGCAGCUGCUGACCGUUGACCUCUUUAAUCUUCAGGAGAAGAAGAAACGGACCGAAAAGGAGCUGAAGAGGAACUCCAGCCUUCAGACGUCCACUCUUCAGCUGUGUGCUUGUCGGGAGCUUCAGGCGUCCGUUACCGAGCGUCUGCUCCAAUCAGAGAGGUUGGUGUUCCAGGAGGAGGCACUGAGCGCGCUGCGCAGCCUGCUGACCCAAGACCUGCUGAGGUACCGGGACGAGACGCGGAGGCUGACCUGUUUCACGCGGAAAAUACUCGCGGAAAAUACCCACAGAGAGGAAACGCCUGCUAGCAGACCAAGUAUGCAGGGAAAGAACGAGGCCGAGCAGAAAAGCAACAUGCAUGCGCCCGAGUCUUCUCGCCUACACUCACCACUUAGUCCUCACCCGACUGAAGACGAGGCAAAGCAGGCCUGGAGGGCCAGUCUUAAGAAACCCGCCACAGGCCUCUGCCGCAGUUCAAACUUGCACCGAGCCGGCAGCGUCAAAGACCUGAUCGGUAAAUUCUCCGGUCCAGAUCACGUCUCUUCCUCCGGUUCCCCACAGAGCCCCUCGUCUGGAACAGGACAAGUCCCAAAGUCCGCUCCCGAGUUUCCGAAGCCCACGUCGAGUCCUUCCACUCCCAGCAUCACCGUGACCUCUCCGUUCAGGGAAACCCAGAACGUGGCUCAGUCGGCUCAGAGAGGCACCCACACUAGUAAGAUCACCGCAAGAAUAGAUUGUCCAGUAGGAGGCAGCGCUGAGAAGACUGACACAGAACCAAGGAGCAAAACCCAAACCGCAGAGUCUGGUAGAGACUCAGUGACUGACUCUGGCUUGGGAUCGGAGCCUGAAUUGGAUCUGAACAAGCAGCCGGACAGCCCGUCAGAGGAGGAGCCCACCACACCCCGAGUCAUGCCGGCCAGCCAGAACCCCAAGUAUCAGCUGUUCCUCAACAACGAGCACAGGACCAAUGGGUUGAGUGGCAGGGAUGCAGAUGGUUCAGGAGGCGGCGGGACGGUGGGGGAGAACGGCCCCAAGCCGGCCCGAUGGGAGACCAACCGGCUGCGGAAGGACAAUUACCGAGGGUCCCUGGAGUCCCUGGCCUCGCGGGACUGGGACACUAUGCCUGACAGGUGGGGCGUUGUCGACAGCCCCCCCAGGGUGUUCAACAGUCCCUACGCCAGUCCCUCCGUAGACUACAACCCCAUGUACCGCAUGUCGGAGUUCAAGGUUCAAGGUGCACUGUCUCCUGCCAACUCAGAGAUGAACAUGUACAGCUACAACAGUCGCAGCUCCAGUCCCACGCCCAGCCUCAACGCCCCCCGAGCCCGUUUCUCUGCCUACGACACCCUGGUGAAGAGGAGGGGCGAGGUCAACAACGCAGUCGCCCCCUCCAACCACUACAGCUUGCGCUCUGCUACUGUGGGAGUGCCGAAUAAAAAAAACUACAUCGAGGAGUUGACCAAACAGAUGGACGGCUGCCAGAAGCGUAACCAGUUCCUAGAGGCAGAGAGUGUGGAGAUGGAGAAGGAGAGGAACCAGAUAAGGUUCGAGAUGCGCGGCCUGCUGGUGAACAACGAGGACCUGCUGAGGACCAACACUCAGCUGACCAACGAGAUGAAGAGGAUGAGAGAGCAGAUGAUUGAGAUGGAGAGGGAGAACCAAUCCAUGGCCGAGAGACGCAGGGAGAUGGAGAUUGAGGUGAAGCAGGCCCGGGACAUGAUGGUGGAGGCCAACACUCAGGAGUACGCCUUCAGCUUUCUCCAGCAGUCGCUCCAAAACAAGAUCCAUGACGCUGAGGAGAACCUGGAGAAGCAGACGCUGCACGCCCAGACGCUGUCUGAAAAGUUGUGGCUGGCGGAGAGACAGCUGGAGGAGCUGGAGGUCCACAAAGACACUCGAGACAAGAGGACGUCGGAGCUCAACAGCAACGUCCUCAGACUGGAGUCCGAGCUGGCCGAAGCCCUGCAGGGCGCCACGCAGGCCUCAGUCGAGCUCAGCCUGCAUCAGAAGCUGCGAGCAGACAGCCAGCUGAGGGUGGAGGAGCUGGAGGAGUCUCUGCUGGAGAAGGAGCAGGAGCAGCAGAGGCUGCAGACCCUCGUCAGCAGACUGCAGGGAGAGGUCUCCGGCAAGCUGAUUGACAAAGAGCGGACGCUGGAGGAGGAGAUCCAGCUGAGAGAGAGGAUCCAGCUGCAGUGCAAGCAGGCGGAGAGGUCGGUGGACGACCUCCACAUGGAGCUGCAGAGCACUCACCAGACCAAAGAGGAGCUGGCCAAACAAGUGAAACUGGCUCAGGAGAAGAUGAUCGACCUGGAGAGCGAUCUGGAGGAGCUGCAUGACAGCGAGCUGAGAUGGGCCAACAAACACAAGAGAGCCAUUGAGCAGAACGAGCAGCUGCAGCUGAAGGUGAUCCAGGAGAAGGAUCUGAACGACCAGCUGGAAACUGACAAGGUCGCCAUGGAGAGACAGCUGCGGGAGCUGCGUCUGGAGGUGGAGGAGCUUCAAAGCUCCAGAGUUCAGGAGGAUGUCAUCUCCAGAGCGGAGAGCAGAGUCAAAGAGCUGGAGAACACCCUGAGGACAGAGGAGAGGAACAAGUCGGUCCUGGCGAACGCCGUCAGUAAACUGGAGCGGAAGACCAACGAGCUGAGCGACCAGAUGGAGGAGGAGCACAGGAUAUCAACGGAGCAGAAAGACCUGAUGACCCAGAGGAUGCGCUCUCUGAAGCGCCAGCUGAACGAGGCGGAGGAGGAGGCGAGCAGGAAGGAGGCGCAGUACCGCCACACCCAGAGGGAGCUGGCCGAGGAGAGGGAGACGAGCGGCCGGCUGCAGAGGCAGCUGCUCGACCAACACCUGCAGACCAAGCGGAAGGAGACCCUGACGAUCCGUCAGACCCUGGAUAACCUGAGGCUGGACCUGAGCGUCGACGACGAAGACGAAGACCAGCAGCAGCCACCGCAGCAGCAGCAGCAGCAGCAGCUCGCUAACAACGUCACCAAAGUGUAACCGCAUUCUCUCGGUACGCAUCACUGGACACUGACCACCUCUUUCUAAACCUGCCACGUUCUCACGCUCACAGAUGGGAGGUCAUCUCAUCUGCAGGCUGCACACGGCAAAGUCCAUUCU